AUGUCUUACUCAUACGCCACAGCCAAGGCUAUCCUUAGCGAGGUCGAAAAGGACCGUAUCCUUGCCAUGUAUCUCAGCUCUGAUGAUAUGAACGACGUCGAUUGGGACAAGGCAACUCAGGCUUACGGCGCCGCCAGUGUCGAUAGCAUGAAAGUCUCUUACCGCAACUCUCUCAAGAAGAUCGAGAAGGCCGGCGGCAAGACUGGUGUCACUGCUCCGUUGGCUGGCGGUGACAGCUCUGUCCCUUCGACUCCCAAGACUCCCAAGACCCCCAAGGCCCCCAAAGGCAAAGGUGGCCGUCCCUCCAAGCGCAAGGCAGAGAACACCGGAUCGGAUGAGGACGACGACGACGACGACGACGACACCCCCAAGACUCUUCGCAAGAAGGCUGCCAAGAACAUCGUCAAGGCACAGGACGAGGACGAGGACGAAGAGGAGACUACCAAGACUCCCAAGAAGGCCGGCCGUCCUCGCAAGACCCCAGUCAAGUCCACCACGAAGACCGCCAUGAUCAAGACUCUUGGCGGAGAUGAAGAUGCUGCUGCCAACAUCAACGUCGCCUCUGACAACAUCGAGCCUGAUCAGGAGGACGAACAGACCUCGGAGAUAAUCAAGGAGGAAGACGAGUCUGAGUGUUAA